AUGACACGAGGAAGUUCUGCUGGCUAUGAUCGUCAUAUUACCAUUUUUUCGCCUGAAGGACGUAUUUAUCAAGUUGAAUAUGCUUUCAAGGCUGCAAAUUCUGUUAAUUUGACUGCUGUUGGUGUUUGUGUUGAAGAUGCUGCCGUAAUUGUUGUUCAACGUCGAAUUCCAGACAAGCUGAUUAAUCCAAAUUCGGUUAAGAACGUUUAUAAGCUUUCUCCAACUGUUGGCUGUACUGUUUUGGGGAUAGCUCCGGAUUGCAAAUUCCAAGUAAACCGUGCAAGAGCUGAAGCUGCUCAAUGGAAAUAUCACAAUGGUUAUGAUAUGCCAGUCUCAAUUUUAGCUCGUAAGAUGGCGGAUAUUAAUCAAUACUACACUCAAGUCGCGGAAAUGCGUUCGCUUGGAACGAUGAUGAUGAUGUUAUCAUAUGAUGACGAGAGUGGUCCUCAAGUAUUUAUGAUUGAUCCAGCUGGAUAUUAUUGUUCGGUUCGCGGCUUCGGAAUUGGCACAAAACAGCAACAAGUGAAUAGCUUUAUGGAGAAAAAAUUUAAGAAAAAGACCCAAUUUACAUCUAACGAAGCAAUUGAUUUGGCUCUGGAAGCCUUACAACACGCUUUGGGGAUGGAUAUAAGGGCUGGGGAAGUUGAGGUAAUUUAUGUAGACAGAAACAAUCAGAAAAUAAAACAAAUGACGAAUGAAGAGAUUGAAGAACAUUUGACUGCUAUUGAAGAACGUGAUUAA